GUGUCUUAUCCACGUCAUCAUAACAAUCAAAUAAGAAAAAAAAACGAACCCACGGAUUUUUAUCAGAUAGGAAGUUUCUAAAACAGAGAAAAGCUGUGUCACGAAUCUCUCACAUAACUCUACGCUUCUUCUCUUACCGGGACGAAUCUUGUCAUAACUUAUGGAUAUUUUCAUGAAACCAAAGGCUUUUCUGUAAAAAAAAAAGAAAAAUAAUUGUUGAGAGAUGGAACGAUUAUGUGAGGUUUGCAAAGCGUAUAGAGCCGUGGUUUAUUGUAUAGCAGAUGCUGCGAGUCUGUGUCUGACAUGUGAUGCAAAGGUUCAUUCAGCUAAUGCACUCUCAGGGAGACAUUUACGCACGCUUUUAUGCGGUUUCUGUAAGGUUCAGCCUUGUGUUGUUCGAUGUUUGGAUCACAAGAUGUUUCUUUGUAAUGGAUGCAAUGACAAGAUCCAUGGUGUUGUCUCCUCUAAGCAUGUUAGACACGAUAUGAGGUGUUAUACGGGCUGUCCUUCUGCUAAAGAUUUCGCGGUUAUGUGGGGCUUUCGAGUUAUGGAUAAUGAUGUUUCGCUAGAGAAGUCUUUUGCGAUGGCUAAACCUAAGGUGCAAAGAGAAGGUGGUUUUGUCUUGGAACAGAUUCUUGAAUUGGAGAAGCUUCAACUCAGGGAAGAGAAUAAGGGCUUGUCCUUGACAGAACAUGCUGAUCCAUCUCCAUUCGAGAUUCCAAGGCAAUCUGAAGAACGUUUAGUCGAUCUUCAGCAAACCGGGAAAGAGCUGAUUGUUGACUUUUCACACUUGUCUUCCUCUUCCACACUUGGUGAUUCCUUAUGGGAAUGCAAAAGCCCAUUUAAUAAGAGCAAUCAGUUGUGGUAUCAAAACCUACAAGACAUUGGAGUUUGUGAAGAUACAGCUUGUGAUGACGAUGACUUCCAUAUACCUGACAUUGAUCUCACUUUCCGAAACUUUGAAGAACUUUUUGGAGCUGAUCCAGACCCAAUAGUAGACAAUUACAAAUCGUGUGAGCCUAAGGUCUCUUCUUCACCUUCCAUAUUUGCACCCAAACCAGCUUCCCCACCUCUUUCAUUCUCAAGAUCCAACGGUGGAGGAAGCAGCAAAACGCAUUACUCUCACAACCACUCAGAGGAAGUAAUCUCCUUUUGCUCCCCUCUCUCUAACAAUGCACGUCAAAAUGCCAUAACAAGGCUCAAGGAGAAGAAGAGAGCAAGAACAGAGGAGAAACAAGCUUAGUACGUAUGUAUGGUCUUAAAAAAAACAGAAGAUAAACGUGUAGAGCUACUGGAUUGCAUCUCUUUAUUCAUCGCUAUACUUUUGUACAUAAUAAGACACUAAUCUAGCUGCUCAUCUACUUUACAUGAUUCAGUUCUUGCAUGCAACUGUAAGUUAAGCUAAGAUCUUGUUAAUCCUUUGCUUUCACAAUCCAAUUUGUAAUCACUGGUUUACACCAAAUUCACCAGAAAUUAACUUUA